AUGGAUCCACAAAUAUUUUGUCAAAUCUUAAAAUUGCAGGCUGAUUUAGUUGCCAGCAAAUGGCUUAGUCAACCCGAUUUAACAAGAACGCGAGCAUUUGAGUUUAUAGAUGAUAUGACAAGCAUUUUACAACAAAAAUCGGUUACAAAUUUAAUUCAUAUAGUUCUCUUAAGAUUAUCUCAAUUAGGAGAGAAUUCACAAAAUCUUCAUGCAUUUCAACGAAUGUUUAACGAUUUUCAAAACGUAUUUGCUCAUAUCGAUACAGAGCAUAAAUGUUUAGUUCAUUUUGAAAAAAAUUUAGGAACCUACUUUCCACCUGUAGAAGUUAUUAUCAACAAGGAAGAUUUCUAUAAUAAUCAAGCAAAUAUUUCCGAUCCCGAAAAUGAGAAGGUUUCUUUCCAAUUUUUCCCUAUUCGUGAAACUAUUAAAAAAUUUUUAGAAAUUCCAGGAGUACUUAAAAGUACAUUAUCUUAUCUUGCUGAUCUGGAAAAUGAUGACUCUAUAUUGUUUAAUUUUGUACAAGGUGAACGUUGGAAAAUUAUAAAACGUGAUUAUGAGAAUCGGAUUGUUCUUCCCUUAUUUCUUUACUGGGACGAAUAUGAAACUAACAAUCCACUAGGUAGCCAUAAGGGAAUAGGACAAAUUGGUGCCGUUUAUGUCGUUAUUGCCUGUUUACAUCCUCAGCUACAAUCAAAGGUAGAAAACAUUUUUAUCUUGACAUUGUUCAGAUCUAUUGACUUGGAAAAAGUCCCUCUUCGUAUGUUUUUUACAAAGGGUGUAAAUGAACUGAAUUUUUUGGCAACUUCAGGAAUACCUGUUUCCACUCCAGAUGGUAUUCAACAAGUUUAUUUGGUUGUAGGAACUUGUAUCGGCGAUAAUAAGGCAUUUAAUCAAUUACUUGGUUUUACAACAGGUUUCACGGCUAACUACCCAUGCCGAUUUUGUCACGUGAAGAGUUCAGAAAUGAGCACAAUUUUAAAGGAAUCGCAGUGUAAACUUAGAGACGAAACAUCAUACCAAUCUGAUCUGCUUGCAGAUGAUCUUAAAAAAACAGGUGUCGCAAGACAAUCAGCUAUAUCUGAUUUAAAAUCUGGUUCUACCUUGGAACUAAUAGGCGUUGACCCUGCGCAUGAUAUUUUUGAAGGUAUAGUUGAAUAUGAUACUGGAUUAAUUCUUCACCAGUUCAUUGAAAUUGAUGAUUUCUUUACACUAACAGAACUUAAUUCUAGAGUUCAAAAUUUUGAUUACGGGCCAAAUGAAACGAAUAAGCCACGUCCGAUAAAAUUGAACCAGAUAAAAAACAAGCACAUAAAAAUGUCGGCUAGUGAAGCAUUCUGCUUUAUUCGAAAUCUUGGUUUACUGAUUGGAGAUUUAGUACCACGUGCUAAUGAACACUGGGAUCUUUUUAUUACUUUAAGAGAAAUAAUAGAUAUUGUCGUCUCACCAAUUGUUGAUGUUGACAUAUUGAACUACUUAGAAAGCCUAAUAGCAGAAUAUUUAGGAAAGUUGACUUCUUUGUUUAAGGAUUGCGUGAAACCGAAGCAUCAUCUUCUCCCCCACUAUCCUAGAGUAUCAAAGCGUUUUGGUCCUAUAUGGCAUCUGUCAACUUUAAGAUGCGAAAGUAAAAACCGAAUUUCAAAAUUGGCCGCUCAUGCUUCACGUAAUAGACAAAAUAUUACUAAGACUUUAGCUAUUAAAUCUCAGUUGCAGGCUUCUGACAGAUUUUUGCGUAAUGAAAAUUUGGAAUUGAAACUUUAUGAAUAUCAGACUUCAGAAACUCUAAAAGUAACAGACUUGCCAAACAUGCAUUUGAGACCUCCCCGUGGUGAAGGUCAUGGCAAAAGUAGGAAAGAAGUAUCGGCGGCUGGUCAGGUUGAGAAAGUGGGACUGCAGGCGUCAUCACACAACCGCAAUGUUUUGCACGAUUGUAUAGAUAAUUCCAACUGUUUCUGCUAG